GUUUCAAGAACCCACAAAACGUAAAUUCUGGCUACAAAACGUAUUAGAGUAAGUACGUAACUAGGUACACGAACUCUUUGAGUAUCAGGGACCUGCAAUGUGAGUUUUUCUACCGAAAAAUCGCUGUGUUUCGCUGCAGUAUUACGUAACUUGAUCUAUACAACGUAUGUAGUACGCAAGAAAAGUAAGAAUGCAAAAAUGUUUUAAGAUGUUUAAAUGUGUUUAUGAUUAGUACCAUUAGCACCGUUGUCCGGCUUCUGUUUCGGGGUGGGGGGAGCGUGGUACUCUUUAGGAAGGACAGUAGUUUCUCGCAUGGUUGUCAUCCUAAAGAAAUUUCACGGCUCUUUCCUGCAUUUCUCUCAUUGAUAAUUGUUGGCAAAGUAAUUAUGAGUUGAAUUCGCAAUCGCAGGCCAUUCACGAUAUUUAGUUCUCUUGAUCAACGCUCUUUCUGCCCCCUCCCCUGCCGCCGCUACAGGCUAGAGAAACAUAGGAUAAUAGGGUGUAUACUAGUAUUAUUCUCACAGGUGUUCAGAAACGGUCUUAUAGCAGUUAAAAAGUCUCCCUUUCAAGCAGAUGGAAGUGGGCACACAAAAUCGAUUAUCGACGUUCUGUUGCCAUGGUUACGAUGAUGUCACAAUGGGAGAAACCAGAACUCAGUAACGAGGAACCCGAGCGAAUCAUGCUUACAACAGCAUGUGCUUUCUUCAACUGUGCGAACGUAAACAUUGACACACAAGAAUUUAUUCAUCAUGACAAGAACAAGUAUAAGCGAUUUAAGACCUCAGAGUCGCAAUGGAAGCAUAUGUUCAGAAGACGAAAAGGCUUCGUCUGUAGUAGGUACUCCGGAAAAAAAAUCCGAAAAAACUAGCGCAAGUAGUAGCGAGAAAUCUGGCGCAACUUACACAAAAGGUGAUAGCAAAUUCACAAUACUUAGGAGUCUCGGAGAACAUUCUAAUGCAAAAUUGACCAGUAAAUUAGGAGAUCCAGUACUCCAGAGACCUAUCAGCAACCUACGACAUUUGCGGGGCCGAGACGGUAUUCUUGAACCUGCAUUAUUGACUUCAAAACAUGGUCAAUGGUUGGCAUGGAAUGAUCCUGUUUUUACGAGUAAUAUUUUAGAAAAUGUUAAUCAUGAACUUAUUUCCAGGCGGCGCAGCAUUGAAGAACAAAGAUUAUGCAAACGCCUUGCAACUCCUACAGAACAAAAAAGUACAGUGACUUCAUUUAAAAGGAGCUUACAAUUACUAGGUUUAAAGGAAUCAGAUUUGGGAUUAAAUUGUGUAAAGACCAAAAGCAAUGAUAUCAAAAUUCAAAGAGGAAGAGCAACCCCAACAUUUUCAACUCAACUUAAACAGCGCAGCGUCUCCUUAACAAAUCUUAGAAAUGCUGUGCAGGAGUCUGGUUUACCAACAGUUCAGGCCAUAGAAAAAAUGCAUCGUGAUAUUCUAACAAGAGCUGUUUAUGAAGAAUGGUACUUCAGAAAGCAAACAGAAAGUAGAGUAAGAAAAGAACUGGAGGAGGAAGUUCAGAGAAAGCGAGAACAGGAAAUAGAAUGGAUUAAGUUAGAAAAAAAACAGAGAGCAGAAGAAAAUUUUGAAAAAUGGAAGAAAAGGAAAGCACAGCUUCACAAAGAGCAACAAAAAGAAGCUAACAACAAAGGUGCUAAACCUUCACCUUAUGCAAAGGAGAAACCUGGAGGAGACAAAGCUUUUGAUGUAUGGAAAGCAAAAAAGGAUGAAGAAAUUAAGGCAAAAAUAAAUAUCAAAAAGAAAUUGGUAGAAGAGGAAAAACACAAAAAAGAUAAAGAAGAAAAGAAAGCUGCAGCACAAGCGGCUUUUCGAGCAUGGAAACAACAAGUUGAUGAAGAAUUGAAAAAACAUUUAAAAGAAAAGGAAAGGGAGAAAAAAAAGGAAGAGGAAAAGAAAGAAGAAGAAGCAAAAGUGAAAAGAGAAAAUGCAAAAGCCUGUUUCAUAAAAUGGAAAACAGACAAAGACAAGGAAAUAAAAGAAUCCUUAAAAAUGAAAAGAUCAAAAUCAAAACAAAGGGCAGAAGAAAUCACCACUAGGAAAAAAGAGAGAGAGUAUGAAGCUGCUCAAGCAUUCGAAGAAUGGUUAGAUCAAGUAGAAGAACGGGAGGACAAAAAAACUAACUCCAAGAACUCUUUAAAAGAUUAUGUUCCACCUUGGUAUCCAGUGUAAUGCUUACUUAUAAAAAUGUAGAAAACAAUGUCAAAUUUUACUCAGGAAUUAUCUUAGUUUUCUGGUAAAAUAGCUUUAAGGGAUGUAAUUUAAUGUGAAGAAACGUAUAAUUCUUACUAAAUAGUUGGUAAAUCUCACAAUUAUAAUUUUUUACUAAAAAGUACUUACUCUUUACGGAUAGUGCUCCUUGCUCAAUCUGAAAAUAAACCUUCCAGUUUAAGAAACUCAUGUGUCCUGGAUGCUUCCUGUUUAGCUGUAAGAGAGAAUAUUUUAAGUCAUUGUAUAAUUACAUUAAAAAGCCUUCUUAAUCUCAUGAUUGAAACUAAAAGUGUGGCCUAAGAAGUUCUUUGAAUGAAGUGACGGAUAUAUGAAGUUAACAUUUCUUUGAAGAACAAACAUCAUCUUGUAAUUGGUAUAAAUAAAUUUAUCUUUAUUUUGUAAACAUAUUCAACUUUCAAUUAAUUUCAUUCUAAGUAAUAAACAAUUAAAUUUUUCCUGCAAUAUUUUUCCCGAGAUGUUACAAAGAUCAAAUUAGUUGCUGAAGCGGUAAGUAGUACAUUUAAAACCGUACAAAAUAAUGACUAUGCAUCUAAUAUCAAAUGAUUUCUUACCUUUCACAGACAUAAUUAAGUUUCCAAAUUAAUAGUUCCUAAUAAAUAUCAUUCAUUUUUUGAAUAGAUAUCUUCUAAUUCAAGCCUUUCGAAAAAAAAUAUUUCUUAGUUAAAACAUCUUAUGAUAAUUCAUUCUAUGAACAAAUUCUACAAGGCCUAAGACUAGUUAGCAAAAAAUGCACAAUGUAGUACAUAUUUCUUAUAAAACAAAUACUGCACCAGUUAAUGAAAGUGUCAAUAUUUCAAUAAAAUAUUGUUAUAGAUUUUUUAUAACAAUGCCAAUCAUCUACUACAAGUUUUACGACAGUAUUUUUGUUUUCUGGACAGUUUCUGUAAAAAAUGUCCAUUGAUAUAUUUUGUUUGUAAAAAAAUUGAACAUAACAUUUCAAAUACUUAAAAAAGGAUAAAGAAUGGAAUUUGUUAUUAAUAAUGAAAAUUUCUGAAAAUCAUUUCGUAAAAUCAACUGCAAAUUUAACCUAGAUUUUUACUUUUUAUCAAAACUAAUGUGCUUUUAAUGACCUUGGUUUAGAAGUUUCAACGGCUUCUAAUGAUUUCUAUAAAAUAUUUGAUUUCUGCUUGAAAAAGAAUACAUUUCUCCUAUAUUAAGGGUUUUUCCAAGUACCAUUGUAAAUCUUUGGUUCAGAUUUCAAUUACACAGUAUGUAAAUAAGUUUUACAAAAUGUUAGGAAAUGCUUGUUCAUGACAUUUUGAGUGCUCUGAUAACAUUGUCAUUCAGAAGGCCAAUAGCAUGUUUUAUUAUGUCAUGUUCUGAAAUGUAGAUAGCAAAUAUUUAUUUCUAAUUUUCAAGAAGAAAAAACAACAACAUACUUGUCGAGAAAUUUAUAAAAUUAGGAUGAAAAAUUCCUUCAAUAAGGAAGUAAACUAGGUUGUUUCUAUUCAAAGAUUUACGGCUUGUAUAAGAACAUCAAGUUUAAACAAAGCUUCAAAAAGCAAAAUUCUAAUUUUUUUGGAGGAGUGUCUGUUAAAAAUGAACUUUCAGAUUUUAAAAAUAUAGUUGAAACUUCUUACAAAUUGAAUGUAAAUAAAACUACAGGAACUGAAAGUAUCACAUAAAUUAAAUAGUUAUUGUAAAUAAUUUAAUUUCAAAAAAAUAGUUUUCUUGUGUUUUAAAAUAUUCCUUCUCCAUAAUAAUUAUAUUUGCAAAGCUGCCCUUGUGACAGUGGUAAAACAAAUUAACAAAAUACUGUAAAUAGACAAAACAAGCUGUUCAUUAAUAUUUUAUGUUGCAUAGAUUUAUGUAGAUAGAUUUUUUUUGCAAACCUUUAUUUUGAG